ACCACCACAUCUUUGGUAAUUUCACAGGUUGCUUUUAGCACAAAACCUACAUCAACGCCUGUAGGUACUCGGUCCUUUCCUGCCGAUGCAGACUGGCAUCGCGUCUUUUGGGCCAACCUGGUUCUUUCACGACUUCACAUGAUCAGGGUCGAGAACCUCACGUUUCGAUCAGAUGAUACGGUCGCUAGCUAAUAAAGGCAAUGGUCAAUUACGGCCGUCCCUCGAAAGACUGUUUGCCAUGCAGAAAAAGGAAACUCAGGUGCAAUCUCGAUCCCCUGGGCUGCUCACAAUGUCGCAGAGCGAAGCUGGCCUGCCAUGGCUACCGCAACCUGAAUGAAUUGGCCUUCCGCGACGAAACGUGGAGUGUGGCUAAUAAAGUCUUGGCGCGCCAGAGCUCGGUCACGUUGCUAUCCAAUCCGCAUUCUGACUGUGAUGCGUUGUCUCGAGAUGCCUUCUUGUCUCUGUAUAUCGAUCGCUACUCGCAUGGGUUCGACGCUCUGGCACCUCUUUUGGCUACCUCCCCCACCUCUGGAUACCUGCGCGCCAGUGUUGAUGCCGUGAGCCUGGCUUUCAUGGCGUACCAAGAAGGUCGUCCAGAACUGGCCGUUCAAGCAAACCGUCGAUACCUGGUGGCUAUUCGAAGCCUCCGGACAGAGAUACUGCGGCUGCACAACACAGAUUGCAACAUGUCCCCCAUUAGUAAUGCAUUCCUCCAGUCCGUGCUCCUUCUCGAUCUCUACGAGAAGCUUGACAGACAUCAUCACCGCAACACUGCGCCUAGGUCUUCGAGCUCAUGGCUGAGCCACGCUUCCGGUGCCUUGGCCAUGGUCAAGGCCCGCCCACAAACCCAGUUUUCUGACCCUAGCACCCGUCACCUAGCAAGUAGAAUUGUGAUCGCGCUGACAAUAAGCUGCGGGGCUGCUGGCAUUCGUGUGCCUGAAGCGUUGACGGAGCUUCAUAGUGACUUGGCCUCUCAUGUGCAGAGUCCAAAGUUGACGUACAUGGGCCUGCUAUCGGCAAGCAUCAACCUGCAUGCCGACAUAAGAGAGGCAAUGCUUAGCCCAGAAGCUAUCGUGCUGCGAGCGGAAGAGUUGGAUAUGCAACUUGCACUUGUUGAGAGCAGCAUACCUGGCUCCUGGAGGCCGCAAGUGGUGAAGAGUGACAGCCCGUUGGUGCUUGGCGGCUACUACGACCGCUAUCCCGAUCACUACUCGACCCAGGUCUUCAACGCCUUCCGCAUCCAACGUCUGGUCAUGAGCGCUAUCAUUCGAGAGACAAGCGUGCCCAACUACACCCCACAAGAGGUUGCACGACUCGCACGGGACAUCUGCGCGUCCGUGCCGCAGUUCCUGCUGCAGACAACAAACCCAGGAAAUACGGUCCCUCCAUCUCCGCUACAGAGACUGCAAUGUCAUGGUGUUCUCACACCGCUCUACGUCGCGGCGCAAACUACAACGGAUGCCCGUGUGCGAGAAUGGAUCCUGCAGAUCCUCGCGUACAUGAUCGACAGCGGAAUUCAAAUGGCUCGAUAUGUCCGCAAUACUCUGAUACAUUCUCCCGAAACAGACUAUUGGGCUGUGUUUUCGACGGUGGGCAGCUGCGGAAUCACGGCAUAGAGGCUUGUCUUUGUCCAGAGUGCGGCAAAUGUAUAAAUGUCUCAGACUGUUAUGCUGUUGAAAGGACGAUCGCCGGAGCUCGAUUUUGCAAGUGUCACACAUCGGCCCUACUGGCUCGAUCAGUCCAUGAGUACGAUUGCUAAGCUCUCUCUGAGGGAUGUCGAAAGCAUUGUGAGUGUCUCGG